GUAGAUGAUUCCAUUAUGAGGCACGUUCUGGUUUUCCUUCUGAUCCUUGCCCUUUUAAUAAACUUAUGUGAUGCUCAAUGUUCUGUGAAACCAGUCGGUAGAAAGGGCUGCUUUCAGAAUGGAAAAUGGUACCGUGCUCCUGCUGUUUGGAAAACAAACAACUGCCAAAGAUGUGAAUGUAAACCCAAAGAAUUAAUAUGCUGCAGCCUAGUUUUCAGACCUAUCAACUACGAUAAGAAGAAAUGCAUUGCCAUGUUUCACCGCCAAAGUUGCUCCAUCCGUGUGGUGAAGAAGAAUGACCCUGCAGAAAGAUGCCACGUCUUUGCUGGGGUUGGUUAAAAAUUUGUACUCCAAUAUGUUUUUUUUUGGAAAUCUGGUAUUUUUUUCUUUCUUCCAUUCCCAGUUUUGAUCUCAAGUAUUCCAUCUCUGUUACUAAGCAAACUUUAUUUACAACAAUUUUGUAGUUCUGACGAUGACCAAGUUCAAGGCUGAAAAAUUGUUGUUCCAGUCACAUAAAAAAAUACAUAUUUAAUGGAUUCUUACUAUAUGAAUACAUUAAAUUAAUUACAUUACUAUAAUGAAUGUUGCCUUCAUAAAACCAUUAGAACAGGCCCAGUAUUUAAGAUUCCUAUUACAAAAAUGUGUAUUUUGGAAAAAUGAGACCUUGGCCUAAAUUUAAUUGAACUUUAAACUGAACUUUAAAGUAUGUAUGUUAAGAGGAAGUUUAAAAAAGAUGUAUUAGAAUGUUUUGAUUUUUAGAAAUGUUUUUAACAAAAACUUAGUAUUUUAAAAAUGGCUGAAAAAAAGAAGUAUUUUCCCUUUAAGGUUAAAGAAUUUGAAAGAAUACAGUGAAUAUUGUUAAUAUAAAUGGUGAUAGUUUAUAAAGAUUAUUAAGUGCAAAUAGAAAUACAUAUUAUUUCAUCAGAAAGGAAGAUAAAGCAGAAAUGGUUAAACUGAUUGUUCUAUUCAAAGAGGAGAAUGUAUUUAUGUUUUUUAUCUGGAUAUCACUUCUGGAUCUUGUGCUUGUGAUUAAAAAAAUGAAACUUUGACUUUGGUUUUGCUGAUUAGAUAGAUUUGUUGUUAUAGAAAUGGCUAGUUAUAUUCUAAUGUGUAAAAGUAAAAAGUUGGGACUGUAAUGUUACCUUGUACUGUGCUAAAAAGAGUCGGAAGUAAACACCUUUUCCUUUCUUCCCUUGGACCUCAUAUUUUCUUUUCCCCUUUCUUUUUUCUUCCUUUAAUUUCCUAUUUUUAUUUUUCUCUGUACUAUUCAUUGAUAAAACAAUAAAAGUCAUAAUAGUCAAAACAA